CCUCACGCUGCACUAUGCCUGGGAAAGCGAGCAGCCAGUGUGUGUAUGUAUGUGUGAGUGUGUUGUGCCUGCCUUGAAGUGCAUCACUACAUGGGACGCACGGCUCUGCUGCUCUGUGUAUUUCUAUGAAUAUUUCUAGCUGCAAGGAGAAAGCACUUUGUACCUGAAUGUGGAUUAUUACACGGGACAGAGGGGGCUCGAAUUCUCAAGGAAAACUAAUCUGCCAGGAAAAGUGGGCUUUUCAGACGGGACUCCCAAGCCUCCCAUGCAGCUUUGCCCGAAUUGUGCCUGCAGUGGCAGCAGCGAAAGGAAUACCGAGGGCUCAAACAGGGAUUCAGCGCUUGUUGGGAUGUUUGUCCUGAAUGGAUGGGGCCACUGAAUUCUGCUCUGGCAAGUGACUAGCACCGCAGGAGUUACUCUAUAUGCGCCUACUGCCCAUUUAUUUGUGGGUGUCGGGCACCCCAUCUGCACCUAAUAGAGGAAUUAGAGGCUUUACAUGGAAAGGCAGAAGAUGAGCUUUAUGGGCAAAACCUUCACCUGCGUUUUAUUUGUGUCCGUAUGUUCCGUCCUAGGUUCUAGACCCCGACUAGAAGAUUUCCCGCCUCGAAUAGUGGAGCAUCCUUCUGAUCACAUCGUCUCAAAGGGGGAACCAGCUACUUUAAACUGCAAAGCAGAAGGCCGACCAACACCUAUUAUUGAGUGGUACAAGGAUGGGGAAAGGGUGGAGACAGACAAAGACGAUCCUCGGUCACAUCGCAUGCUGUUACCCAGUGGCUCACUUUUCUUUCUACGAAUUGUUCAUGGCCGUCGGAGUAAACCCGAUGAAGGGGUAUACAUUUGUGUUGCAAGAAAUUACCUUGGAGAGUCUGUCAGUCGAAAUGCAUCUCUGGAAGUAGCAAUAUUAAGAGAUGAUUUUCGUCAGGCACCCAAUGAUGUGGUAGUAGCAGCAGGAGAACCAGCAGUCAUGGAAUGCAUUCCACCCAGAGGUCAUCCUGAACCCACUAUUUCCUGGAAAAAGGAUAACAUGCGCAUAAGUGAUAAAGAUGAACGCAUCACAAUUCGAGGUGGGAAACUAAUGAUUUCCAAUACGAGAAAGAGCGAUGCAGGCAUGUACAUCUGUGUGGCUACAAACAUGGUGGGAGAACGAGAUAGCGAACCUGCUCAGCUUGUGGUCUUUGAACGCCCCACAUUUAUUAGAAGGCCCAUAAACCAAGUUGUUCUAGCAGAUGAUAUGGUGGAUUUUAACUGUGAAGUUCAGGGUGAUCCUGUACCUACUGCUCGCUGGCGUAAGGAAGAAGGAGAACUACCACGGGGCCGGUAUGAAAUCCUUAAUGAUAAUACAUUGCGGAUCUCUCGGGUGAGUGCUGAGGAUGAAGGAACUUACACUUGUAUCACUGAAAAUAGUGUUGGAAAAUCAGAGGCUUCAGGAUCUCUUGGCGUUCAUGUUGGCCCAUUUUUUCCUCCACAACUGGUCACCCGACCACGAGACCAAAUAGUAGUUCAAGGACGUACUGUUACAUUCCAGUGUGAAACCAAAGGGAAUCCACCACCAGCUGUAUUUUGGCAGAAAGAAGGAAGUCAGAUCCUUCUUUUCCCAAGCCAGCCUCCCCAAACAGUGGGACGAUUUUCUGUCUCUCCGAGUGGAGAACUGACCAUAAUCGAUGUUCAGACAGGAGACUCAGGGUACUACAUGUGUCAAGCCAUUAGUGUGGCUGGAAGUAUCUUAGCUAAGGCUCUACUUGAAGUGGAAGAUGCAACAUCAGAUCGAAUUCCUCCUAUAAUUCGUAGAGGACCAGCCAAUCAAACCCUUGCUGUUGACUCUACAGUGCAGAUGCAUUGCCAGGUAUCUGGUAAUCCUCUUCCAAGUAUACAUUGGCUCAAAGAUGGCCAAAGGAUUGUGGGAAGUGACCCUCGAAUAGGAGUGUUGGACAGUGGAAAUUUACAGAUCACCCAUUUACAGGUGACUGAUUCAGGUGUAUAUACAUGUGUGGCUACAAGUUCAACUGGGGAGACUACAUGGAGUGGAUUUGUUGAAGUUCAAGAAAAAGGAUCUCCAAUACAUGUGCAGCUUUCUGAGCCCAGCCUUGUUCCUGGAUCUCCUUCCAAACCUCUUGUCACUGACGUUACCAAAAAUAGUGUUACUUUAACAUGGCAACCCAAUCUGCAAGCAGGAAACACACAAGUUAAUUCCUAUAUCAUUGAAGCAUUCAGCCAAUCAGCAGGAAGCACCUGGCAAACAGUUGCAGACAACGUGAAAGUAGAAAAGCACACGGUGGUUGGGUUGAACCCAAAUACAAUUUAUCUUUUCAUCAUACGAGCAGUAAAUUCAUAUGGACUUAGUGACCCCAGCCCAAUUUCAGAACCAGUGCGAACACAAGAUGUCAGUCCAACGAGACAAGGUGUUGAUCAUAGGCAAGUGCAGCGCCAACUAGGGGAAGUGGUGGUUCAGCUUCAACAACCGAUUAUUCUUACAUCCUCUACUGUGCAAGUUACAUGGACAGUGGAUCGGCAAGCUCAGUUCAUCCAAGGUUACCGGGUGAUGUAUCGUCCAAAAUCUAGUGUUUGGCUUGUACAGGAUGUGAAGUCUCCCUCUGAACGGAAUACUAUCCUUGUGGACCUCAAAAAAGGCACAGAAUAUGAAAUCAAGAUCCGUCCUUAUUUUGAUGAAUUUCAAGGCAUGGACAGUGAUGUGCUUUUGAUCCGUACACCUGAAGAAGUGCCAAGUGCCCCGCCUCAAGCAGUAUCAGUUGUUACAUUAGGAACGAAUAACAGCACAAAUAUUAGUAUAUCGUGGGAACCUCCUAUAGUGGAACAUCAAAAUGGAAUUAUUCAAGAUUAUCGGAUUUGGGUCUUGGGAAAUGAAACACGCUAUCAUAUCAACAGAACAGUAGAUGGUACUGUCCACUCCACUGUAAUAAGAGGCCUUAGUCCUGGAGUUCUUUACCAUGUGGAAGUGGCUGCUGCAACAAGUGCUGGUUUUGGUGUAAAAAGCCAACCAAUCACCAUCCAGAUAAAGCCUUCUUCAGAUCAAGUUCCAGUUGCCAGUGGAGAAAAUGUCAGCUUGACUGAACAAAUCACAGAUGUUGUUAAACAGCCUGCAUUCAUAGCUGGCAUUGGAGGGGCAUGCUGGGUAAUUCUAAUGUGCUUUAGUGUCUGGAUCUACUGCCGAAGGAAGAAGAGGAAAGAACUGAGCCAUUAUACUGCUUCCUUUGCAUACACACCAGCAGUAUCUUUUCCAGAAAGCUCAGGGCAUAUUACUGCAAGACCAGGAAUGCUAGCUACAAGUGCAUCCAACUACCCUUGGCUAGCAGAUUCAUGGCCAGCAACCAACUUACUACGAAACGGAAAGCCAAAAGAACCUGCAGGGAAUUGUUGUCCAGGAAAUCACAAUCCUUCAGAGAGAUAUUAUAAUGAUGCUGGCAUUUCAAACUAUAUUGCUCAGACUGAGAAGUUCGGAACAGGUGUUUCAGAUGGUCCCAUAUACAGUACAAUUGAUCCAACCACUGAUGACAUGCGAACUUUUAAUGGAGCUUUCUCUCAGCAUACUACACCUUAUGCAACAACACCUGUUGUACCGUAUGGAGGACAAAACAUGCAUUCUCCUGAAUUAGAAGAGAACCAGUGGAAUGUACAGGCUGGAACAUCUGGUGUACUUUAUGCACAACCAGAUCGAACUAAAGCAGAGAAUGGUCCCAAAUCUGGAAAGCAGAAGGCCAUUGGAAAACCAGUAAAAACACCAUCACUAAAUUGGACAGAAAUUCUUCCACCACCCCCGCCUGCCAAUGAGCUGAGUCAAUACCAAGAAGAAGAUACAGAUGUAGAGAUGAGCUCCGACACAGAAGAAUGGUGUCCACCAUUGCCUGAAAGAACUUACCUCAUGGAAAACAUUCAAGAAGGCUGCCCACUUCCUCCACCUCGGGGUGAGGCUUCUUCUCCUGCUCAUUCUUACGGUCAGCAGUCAACAGCCACUCUAACACCAUCUCCCCAGGAUGAGAUGCAUGCUGCAGAAGAUAUUCCAAGGCUACAUCAGUUUGAGAUACCCCCUCAUCCUAGACGACUGCCAUCUGGAUCGGUACCAAUUCCAAGAGCUCCAAGUCCUCCUCUGACACAAUCAAAUCCUAGUCUUCAUACAGCAACGGAAGGUGCAGAAGCACAACGGCAGGGACACAGGCGGAACUUAAGCCAAAAUCCUAAUCUAAGUGCUGAAAAUGUCAACUUGCCAAACAGCGGAAAGUCACAACUAGGAGAAAAUAUAAGCACACCUCCAGGACAGAAAUCGCGAGCAAAGAAGAAGUCAAAAUCAGGUCACUAUCGCAGGGAAGCAAAACAAGGAGAUCUUCCUCCACCACCUGAGCCCCCUCCAGCAGAUGAGGAACCAUGUUCUCCACACACUAAUGGACUACGUAUGGAAUGUUCAGCCUCGUCCUUGGAAAGGGAUACAAGUACUUCUUCAGUUGAGCGGAGAAAUGGGGUAUUACAACAGCGAGGAGCAGCAGGACCUCAAUUCCAUCAGAGAGAUGAUGAAGAACUAAUUCCUUACAGUAAACCUAACUUCCUAUCACGGAGUCAGAUGUCAAGUAAUUGUUCCACAACAGGAAGCAGCUCCUCCAGAGGGUCAGCUGGAUCUAGAGGUCAGGCAUCUGGAAGGAGCAAAACAGGAGACCGGAAAGAGGAAAAGAGAUGAAGAAACCCCAUAAUGGCUACUAAGGCACCAUGUUGGUUAAGGUUUCCUUCCAAGAUCUACGAGAAGAUUCUUUGUUAAAGACACUUUAAAACUGUUCAAAAUAUUUUACAUUCAUUGCUUAUUUAUGACCUUUUUGGGACUUUUUUCCUAUUUUACAUGUAAAUAUGCCUGUUUCCUGCUAAUCAGAUGAAUCUGAAAUCCAGGGAAUGAACUAUAUUUAUAAACAGUUAAAGUUAAAAAGGCAAAUUGUACAUAAAAAUGUUGCUGUUUUAAAUGUGCCAAGUUUUAUAACAAGUCGGAUACGUUUGCACUCUUGCAUUUAAAGAAUGACGAAAGCACAAGGCUGUGUGUUGCAUGCUGUCCCUUCAAAGACUGCGUUAUGGAGAAAGCCAACAUCAACUUAGGGUGCGUGGAAUUGAAAGAGGCCUACAGUUAUCACGGACAUUUGACUGAAUGUUAUGGUGGUUUACUCACAGUACAGGAAAACUAUGGACUGUGGAUGCUGCGUUUUCUAUUGCAAUCAAAAUUUCGGCAUUAUUAUGGACUGAUAUUUAAGCUGGUGCGCCUGAAAAAACCUCUUUGGGGAGAACCACAGCAGACAGAAGAGACAAUAACUCAUGGACAUUGGUAAUCAUUUUAGAAAGAUGGUAAUAAAAAUGAGCUUGCUGUAUGACAGAAAGGGAUGUCUCCACAACUUUUAAGGUACCGUAAUGUUGCAAUCUGCUGCUUUUAAGGCAGCAUGUAACGAUUGCAUUAUGGUAACUAGGAAACUUAUUUUGUAUGCUACAAAUAAAGAUUUUUGCUAAACAUUCCAAAA